AUGUCAGCGGGUGCAUCCAAUACAGUAUAUGGAGGAGAUGAAAUAAAUGCAAUAAUACUAGAUAUAGGAUCUUAUCAAACCAAAAUAGGUUAUGCAGGUGAUGAUUUCCCUAAAAUAAUAACAUCAUCAAAUUAUGGUCAAUUAGAAAAAGGAACCUAUUUAUUUGGAGAAAGUUUAAAUGUACCAAGAAAAGAAGAAAUUGAAAUAAAACCCAUAGUUGAAAAUUCAUUAAUUAUAGAUUGGGAAGCAGCAAUGGAACAAUUUGAAUGGUUUUUUAAACAACUCAAGAUAAAUCCAAAAGAACAACCAAUACUUAUAACUGAACCAAUUUGGAGUACAAAUGAAUAUAGAAUUAAAUUAAUUGAAAAUUUUUUUGAAAAAUUUGAAUUUCCUGGUAUAUAUUUAGCAAAAGUUCCUUCAUGUAUAAGUUUUCAACAAGGUAGAGCAAAUUGUUUAGUUGUUGAUUUAGGUCAUGAUAGUUGUAGUAUAACACCAGUAAUUGAUGGAAUAUGUCUUAUAAAAUCUUCAUUAAGAACUCCAUAUUCUGGGAAAUUUUUAAAUAAUAUAAUUGAAGAUUAUUUCAACAAACAAGAUAUAAAAUUGGAACCAAGUUUAUUUAUUAAAAGUAAAACACCAACAAAGUUUCCUGAAGAAGAACCAAAAUUUGAAUUAAAACCAUUAGGAAAAGAUAUAAAAAUAUCAGAACUGUUUAAAAAAAAUCAAAUAUCGAGAAUAUACCAUGAAUUUAAAGAAUCAUUAUUAGAAAUCCCAUCGCAAGAAAUGAAAAAAGUUAUACAACAACAACAACAACAACAACAAGAUCCAAAAUCUUCAACUAUAUUCUCAAAAAGAUCAUUUGAAUUACCAACUGGUCAAUCAAUAACAAUAGGUCAAGAAAGAUUUGAAAUUGCAGAGACUAUAUUUGAACCAAAUUUAUAUACUUUUAAAAAUCAAAAUUUACAACCAAAACCAAGCAAUGGAGAAAUUCCCGGGAUCGAACAUAACACAAUAAAUGAAUAUAGACCAUUAAAAAGAAUACGUAAAAAUGAAGAUGAAGAAACCGAUUCAGAUUCAAAAUUAGAUAUAAGAGGUAUAUCACAAUUAAUAACCCACAUAUUAUCAAUAAUAGAUAUUGAUUUAAGAGCAUCAUUAGCUAAUAACAUAAUAAUAACUGGUGGAACAUCAUUAAUUACAAGUUUAACUGAAAGACUAUAUCAUGAAUUAUCAAAUUCAAAUCCUGGUUUAAAAAUUAGAUUACAUGCAGUAGGAAAUUCAAUGGAAAGAAUUAAUCAAUCUUGGAUUGGUGGUAGUGUUUUAGCAAGUUUGGGUACUUUUCAUCAAAUGUGGGUAAGUGAAAAAGAAUAUAAAGAUGAAGGUUCUGAUAGAAUUUUAAAUCAAAGAUUUAGAUAA